AACGCCAAAAGAUAAGAUUUUCCUUUCUUCGAGGAAAUCUCUCACUAAACACGCCUACGUUUUUCUUAAUCACUUGUUAAACUGUCGUUUGCUUUACAAACCCUUUUAUCUUCUACUUUUCCUCCUCUAUAUAUACUCUCUUCUCAGAACCCUCCUCCUCCGUGCCUCCAUAGCCAUCACUCAUACUCUCUCUCUCUAACAGCAGCCACAAUUUUUGAACACCCCAUAAAGAUAGUAUCUUUCAUUUUAUAUUUGUCUCUGUCACUAAUUUAAUCUUUUUUCGCCUAGAAAACCCAGAUUUCAUAAUCUGGGUUCUUAUAAUCUUGACAUUUUCUUCAAAACCCUUCAUUUAUAUUCUCUUUACCGUGCGAAUGAUUCUGGGUUGAGUUAGAUUUUGAAUUACUUUAACUAAUUCUUUUCCUUUGAUUAACCCAUUUUAUCAUUUUAUUUUCUUUUGUUUCCUUUUUUUUUUUUUUCAAGAAAUGGCAAUUCCUUACCCUCAUUUAUCAAUGGAGACAGGUUUGUCUCCUCUAUCCCCAUAUCCUGUAAUACUAACCCAAGAUGAGCUCAAGAAAAUUGCCGCCUAUAAAGCUGUGGAGCAUGUUGAAUCCGGUAUGGUUAUUGGCCUUGGCACCGGCUCCACUGCCAAGCAUGCUGUGGACCGCAUUGGCGAGCUUUUACGUCAAGGGAAGCUAAAGAACAUUAUAGGCAUACCCACUUCGAAAAAGACCCAUGAACAAGCUCUCUCUGUGGGCAUUCCCUUAUCUGAUCUUGAUUCUUAUCCAAUUAUUGAUCUUGCAAUUGACGGUGCUGAUGAGGUUGAUCCCAACCUCAAUUUGGUGAAAGGUAGAGGUGGGUCUUUGUUAAGAGAGAAAAUGAUUGAGGGUGCUUGUAAAAAGUUCAUUGUGAUUGUUGAUGAGUCUAAAUUAGUAAAAUAUGUUGGGGGUAGUGGGUUAGCUAUGCCGGUUGAGAUUGUGCCUUUUUGUUGGAAAUUUACUGCAAAGAGGUUGCAGGAGUUGUUUGGGUAUGCAGGAUGUGUAGCCAAGUUGAGGACUAAUGGCUCCAAUGGAAAGGAAAAUGGUGGAGAGCCUUUUGUUACUGAUAAUGGGAAUUAUAUUGUGGAUUUGUAUUUGAAGGGAAAUAUGGGAGAUUUGAAAGCUGCAAGUGAUGCAAUUUUGAGGCUUGCAGGUGUUGUUGAGCAUGGCAUGUUUAUUAAUAUGGCAACUACGGUCGUUGUUGCAGGGGAGCUUGGGGUCACCAUCAAGAAUAAGCAGAAAUAGUGCUUGGUGAUGGAGAUUGGAAUGGAUUAAGAGGUAGUUUUAUGGAUUUAUAUAUUUUGGGAAUUCAUUUAACAUUUCUGAUGAUUGCUGGUUAGAUUGAGGAAGUUGUUUUCCAUCAUUAUUUUUAGAGGGGAGGAAGUUUUGGUGUUCUUAGCAUCAAUUUAUGGUUCAUAAGGAGAGUUUCCUCCAAUUUUGGUGUUAUGUUUGAGAAAUUGCUGCAGAAUGUAUGCAUAAGAGGCUUCAGGUUCUUUUUCUUUGGAGAAAGCAAGUUACCCAUUUGUGUGUAUAUAUUUAUAGUUCUAUUUUUCUGAUAAUGGAAUUUAAUUUUAAAUUA